CAACAUCACUUUUAACAUUGUACAUUUUCUUUUAUUCAUUUAUGUUUCUGAAUAGUUUUCCCAUGCAAUUUUAUCCGACUGUGUUUGGAGUUGCAAACUUUAUAGCUGGUCUAGUUUCCCUCACACAGUAUCCUCUCUUCAUCGUCAUCCAGGAAUCAUUAGGCGGUGAUCCCCGAUGGGUGAUCUUUGGGAUGAUGAUUCUCAACGUGGUCGGUCUGGUGUAUCCUAUCUACAUCUAUGUCUACGGGAAUAACCGCGAGAAGCGAUACAUGGAAACGAGAAGACCAGAAGAAAACCCGACUACAAACGGCACUGCUGUUUAACCCUUGCCCCGUUUUAUUCGACUAAGACCCCGGUUGCACCAA